AUGCAGAACAAGCUGCUAACGGGACGCAGACACACUCUGCAUCCCUCCGUUGUCGCUUCACUUUAUUUCGCCGAAGCACGCGCUUCUCUUCGCUCUUCUCCGGCACGCGGAGACGAGUAAUUACGCCUCGCGAUGGACUCCUUUCAUCUCGGCGCCGAAGUGGCCACAGAAGAGGGGAAAGGCUUCAGUGGAAAUACUAUCUGAUAACUCCAUUUGCUCACCGGUCGGCUUGCCUUUUUGAAGAAGCCGACUCGAGUCCUCGCGCGGAGCUGGAGGCCGACGCGCGCGCGACUUAGUGCGUCCGUGUUUUUGUAUUUUUUAAAUUAUUAUUAUUAUUUAUUUUUACCUUUACUUUUUUUCUGGGACUGUUUUGUACCUGUUCGCCUAGCUACCAACUUUUUCUGCCAUUCCGCGUCAAAAAGGCAUCGAGAGACCAUGGUGAAUCCUGGAGGCAGCAACCAGCCACCAGCUGUGGGUGCCGGCUCCCUGUCCUGGAAACGAUGCGCCGGCUGCGGGGGCAAAAUCGCGGACCGCUUCCUCCUCUACACCAUGGACAGCUACUGGCACAGCCGGUGCCUCAAGUGCUCCUGCUGCCAGGCCCAGCUGGGAGAAAUCGGCACGUCGUGCUACACGAAAAGCGGCAUGAUCCUCUGCAGAAACGACUACAUCAGGUUAUUUGGAAACAGCGGCGCCUGCAGCGCUUGUGGUCAGUCGAUUCCUGCCAGCGAGCUGGUGAUGAGGGCGCAGGGCAACGUGUACCAUCUCAAGUGUUUUACGUGUUCCACCUGCCGGAACCGGCUCGUCCCCGGGGACCGCUUCCACUACAUCAACGGCAGCCUGUUCUGUGAACACGACCGACCCACAGCACUCAUCAACGGCCAUUUGAGUUCCCUGCAGACGAACCCACUGCUGCCCGACCAGAAGGUGUGUUAGGUGGGAGCCGUGCAGGAAGCAGGAUGUGUGCCUUCAUUUUAGCCCUUACUCAUCGUCACCUGAGACGGCGUGGAUCAGCAGCUCCCCGGCAGUUUUAGCUGUGCUCCCAGGCCCCGUUCGCCCUGAAGCAACCCUCUGCCCAUCUCACCAGUAACCCAGUUUCUCAUGUCUGCAACACAAACACACAAACCCAACUCUCAGCCUUCAAACUCGGGCCUUUUUCCCCAGUUACGGGUGGAUUUUUUGCACUUAUUCACACCUGAGACGAGGCGCUUGGGAUUUUGACUCUGAUAAGAAUCAGAGGGGACUCUUCAGAAAGAGAGCGAGAGAGAGAGGGAUGUUGUGACUGAGUGAAGACAAAAAAAAGAGACUAAUGAGGUUUAAGAGUUGCAGACUUUUCAACUCUGCACAUUUGUUUAAAGACAUUUUUUUGGGGGGGAAAGGGACCCUUUUUUCCUCUCUUCCUUUUCUAUCUUCAUUUCCCAGCAACAUGGUGUUUCCACUUUCUAUAUUUUAAGUGUUGUCAAAGGGAAAUGUGUUUUUUUUUCCUUUUUUUUUUUGUGAUCUAUAAAGACGGGGUUUAAAAAUAUCUGUGACAUUUUGUGGCGAACAGAUCAUGAACACUCUGUUGGUGUAUUUGUAUUACUACCAUGUAUGUACAGUAUGCAUGUAAAUGUCGUUGUCCAGGCGUGGCUACAGUACAUCGGACCCCUCCGCCAUCCCGCUCCUCCCCUCUGAACAAGCCCGAAGAAACCCACUCGUAGUCCGUGACGUAGAGAUCAUUCCCGACAUAUAAAUGCCGAAUGAGAGAGAAAUUUAUUUGUGAUAUUUUCCGAGACAUUUGCUCCAGUAUGGUGUAUUUAAUUAAUAAAAAUAUUGAAGAUUUUAAAAGCCUCCUUUAAAAUCUCUGCUCGCCUGGCUCCGGCAGUUUAGCUCAUGUUGUUUGUCCAGACGCCCCGUAAUCUGUCCACGACUUCUUUGUCCCUCUGAAAAUCCUUCUCACUGAGGAGCCCGCUGUGUCGCCAUCCUGUUUCCAACCUCGCAAUCAUCACGGCGCAUGAUGAGCGUCGAAACGGACAAACAUGUAUCCUCUCCGACUAUUCAGAUGACCGUUUGCUAUUCAUCACUCUAAUACCUGGCAGAAAUGAAGGGAAAUGUCCCUUUGAAGAUUCAAUUACUGCAGAGAGGGAGAGAGGUGUCUCUGUUUGGCGGGCACAAAUUGAAUGGGCUAUUUGCAGAACAAAUUGGUAUUUGAAGUCCUUGCAAGACCUAAUAGGUCUGAAGGAGGGACCUGGUAAUAGCUGAUGCACUUAUCUGCGCCGUGUGUAGCCCCCGGUGAGCCCGCCGCCGCUGAUGAAAACAAUGCUGCCGCCGGCGAACAAGAGCCGACUUUGAUGCAGAAAUCAGCUCAAGUAGGAGAGGAAAUAGACCUAAAAAAGUAAACAGUAUGUCGUGUUUAAAUUGGAAUUUCAUGCUGAAUGAAUCUGUUCUUGGCUUCCUGAGUUUAGCAGAGUAAAUAAGACGACUUUCUGACUAAUCAAGCCUAAAUUACAAAGUAAAUUUGA